AUGGAUGAAACGGUUUUUCUGCUGUCGGGUGAGGAGAGAAAAGAGGCUGCUAGAUCUAGACGUCUUGAAAAUACUCCAGCUGUAGUAUCACGUCGACUGCAGUUUACGUUUGCGGCACUGGUGCUUGUUUGCUCCUACAUCAUCCUCGUCUGCUCCUGCUUGUCUUUUUCCUUCUUCCCGCAAGUGGCUGCCCAUAAGAAAGGAUCAAGUGCGGACACGGAAGUUGGUGUGUACGCAGGCGGCAAUCAGCUGGCUGUAUGCAUUGCUUCAUUUAUCUCUGGAGCGUACAUGAACAAGAUCGGUGUAAAGUUUCUUCUCAUAUCCGGGAGUUUUCUUGUUGCGGGCUCUAGCGUAAUUUUUGGAUUUGUUGAUGAUAUAAGUUCAUGGAAACCAUUUAUUGGGCUCAGUACUGUCAUUUAUUUUGUGAUGGGAUUGGGACAAGGUGCAUUUCUUACAACCUGUACAACUGUGUUUGUGAGGAUGUUUCCUACACGUAUUGCAACAGCCUGGUCUGUGGUAUCGCUCACUCUUGGACUUGGUUUUCUUACUAGUUCACCGCUUGGAGGAUUCUUGUAUGAUAACACAUAUGUGGAAUCUGAAUUAAGUGAUGCUGUCAAUCAAACGCCCAUAUGGCUGCUGUUAAAAAUGAUGCCUAUACUGUUGGCCUGUGUGAACACUUUUGUGGCAUUUGCAUCUGUUCCGCUUAUUCAGGUUUCUCUCUCUCGGUUUCUUAACAUCACAUUUCACUGGCGUGCAAGUCAAAUUGGACUGGUGUUUCUCGUCUUUGGAAUAGCAUUUGUUGGAUCAUCAAUUGUUAUAGGUGUAGUGAUAGACGCCACUAACCCACGAGUUGUAAUGAUUAUAGGACUACUGAUUGAAGGAUGUGGAAUGAUGUUGGUUGGUCCAUCAUUUGUAUUUUCAUUCUCACUUCAGUCUUGGCUUGUGUAUUUCUCAAUGGUACUAAUUGGACUGGGAACGUGUAUGGUUGUGCUCACUGUAGCUAUAGACAUGACUGCCACUGCUGUUUCAAGAGGACAUGAAGAGAAUAUCUCAUUGAUUGCGGCUGUAACAGGUUUAUGGAAUGCAGCAACAUAUUUCUCAGGAACGGUGGCUGGGCCUGUUGGCGGAGCUCUGACGACUUCAUUUGGCUUUCGGUACUCUACAUCUUUCUUUGCAUUUGCCAUUUUUUGUGCAUUUAUUAUGACCAUUGUGAGCACUGUAAUCAAACUCUACCACUCUUAAUUUGAUGUCCUUUCUGGUGAAAUAUUGUUGGACUAUGCCUUGAUUCAGCUAUGAGCUCUAAUUAUAAUAUAUAGUGUUAUAAUGGUAUGUUAUUAUUAGCUAGUAGCCAUGAGAAAUGGGACUUGGUAAGUUAGAAGACUUGGUGAGUAGUUACUCAAAACGUAGAGAGGUGAACUGACUUCUGG